GAUCAUUCAAUCGGAACUUUCUUGCUCCUUCGCUCGCUCGUGACGCACGUCUGACGUCAAUCGAAUCGGCCGGGUCCGACCUCGUCGGCCGAGUUCGUUCGGUUGUGGCUCCAAGCGGACUGCGAGGCGCCGCCGACCCCGUUCGCUCCUCGUUUUCCCUACUUUUACGUCAAUCUGACCACUGGCUCGACCGUUGCCUCUCCAUGCCUGCGCAAUCUCACCGCGCGAGGACGCACUUCCCGUUAACGUCCGACUUCUUUCCGAAAGGCCGCGUCGAACUACGGAAAGACUUGGUCGGAGUCAUCAAAGAUAUUUUUCGAACCAAUGAACGGAAUGAGGCCGGUUCUUUAGAGGACCCGUCUCCGUUGCGAGUGCUUCGAAGUUUCUGGCCGAAAACAGGAUUCGUCGCGAAGGAUAGGGAAUUCGGGCUCCCGAGAAAAUCUACGAAAUAUAUCUCGGAACCUGAGCGCAUACCGGACAGAUAAUAGCGUCCUUUUUGCGACGAUUCGACAGGUUAGUUCUGGUUAGUUGCCAGAAAUACCCUCGGAGGGCAUCGUCGUCUCCAAGAUGGCUGCCACCAUUAGCGAGCUGGACGCCAGAUGCGCGAGCAUCGCCCCGGUCGCACUGGCUGCACUUGUUCUCGCGCGAGAUGUGUCGGGUGUUCGAGAGUCGGCAGGGGAGGACGCUAUCUCGGACGUUUAAGAGGGACACUCAAGAAUCGAGAUCAUGCGGCUUGGAAGUUUUAUUCGAGGGUUGUGUUUCCUCUCCGUCCGGUUGGUUCGAUUUCAAUAGGAACACCGAGGAAGAAGAGCCCUAAUUUACCUUGAUGAGGUUAGGAACGCCGAAGAACACAAAUCCCACCUUGAGAUUUGAAAGACUGAAAAAUCGUGGGCGAUUCUCGGAAAAGGAACCAAACAUAAGAUUUUGAAAUCUGGUACGCCCUCGGAAAAUUCCCUAGCAAAUGUAAAAAAAAAUUGGUUCGUUUGGAGAUAAGUAUUUUAGUAGCAAAGUUGAAGCACAUCCUGUCGAGGACCUUCCUAGAUUCCGUAGGCACAUUCCUUAGUAUACUUUGAGCCUCUUAUCAAAGUGACAUUCAGAGGUGUUCAAGGAAAGCGUAGAGUUAAUAGGGACGACGGACAGUCUUUGGAAGAUAACGAACGAUAUAACGCGAUCACGAUGCCGAUGACACGAUCGUUUAGCAAAAGCCCGCAGAGCGACGAGGGCAUCGAGACCGAUCAGGAUCGACACAUGGGAUCCGUAGGACGAUACUGGAGUUUAGACUCGGCCCUAGUUAGUGACGACGACGCUUUGCAAAGCACACGGCAAGGAAAGAGGCACAAGAUGCGAGUUGCCAGGUGUUGCAGCUACGACAGUGCAGUUCUUAGCGAUGACGAUCAAAGUAAAGGCUGGGAAAACUCUAAUUUCGGUGAUGCCAUAGAGUGUGAAUUAAACGAGGGAAAACCAAGAUAUUGGAGAACUCCGAGCGUCGUUGUCAGUGACUAUUCGGAUUAUUCCUAUUUGGAUGAGAAGUACGAGAGGGGAGAUUUAGAUCCUGAAAAAUACGAUGGACACGGCGGCACUCCGAGUCAAGCCAGCAGUUGCUCCUGCCUGGACUGCGACGAAAUUCAAGAGUUUCAGGAUAUGACUUUAUCCGACGGUCACCUGCCACAAGUGUGCAACCACCGGCGUCAUUCGGACUCCUGUUGUCUUUGUCUGGGAUCUUCCAGUGGAAACACUCGAAGAGAAAUUCUUGACAGAAGAAACUCCUGCUUGGCAAUGCCGACGUCUUACGACAGCAAGUUUGAUAAUCGGCCAACCAGGCUCAGGCCGGAGGAGCUAGGAGAACCUCAAGACAAAACGACGAUAGAAUUUCUGGACAUUCCUCCUGCUCGAAAGAUAUCGGACUGCUCGACUUGCUCCAGUCUCAGCGGAGAUGACUUCGAAGUCACCGAGCUUCGGCCAGUGAAACCAUCUCAAACAUCGGGAUGGAGGAAACUCAGGAAUAUCGUCCACUGGACCCCCUUCUUCCAGACUUACAAGAAGCAGCGGUAUCCCUGGGUGCAGCUGGCCGGACACCAGGGCAACUUCCGAGCUGGCCCGACUCCGGGGACGAUCCUGAAGAAACUCUGCCCCCAGGAGGAGUCCUGCUUUCGGUUGCUGAUGCACGACGUCCUCAGGCCGUACGUGCCGGAAUUCAAAGGAGUCCUGGACGUCCGGGAACCCGAAGAGGUCCCUGGGAACCGCAAUUCCGACGGGAACUCCGGGAAAGAGCUCGACCUCGCGUCCGACGACAAGAGGAUCGUCGUUUCCUCCUACCUGCAGCUCCAGGACCUCCUCGGGGACUUUGAGCGACCCUGCGUGAUGGACUGUAAGGUCGGAGUCCGCACCUACCUCGAGUCCGAGCUCGCGAAAGCGAAGGAGAGGCCCAAGUUGCGCAAAGACAUGUACGAGAAAAUGAUACAAGUCGACCCAACCGCCCCGAACGCGGAGGAACGUCGCCUCCAAGGUGUGACCAAGCCCCGCUAUAUGGUCUGGCGGGAAACCAUCUCUAGCACCGCGACUAUGGGCUUUCGAGUCGAAGGGGUCAAGCUGGCUCAAGGGGGCUCCUUCAAGGACUUCAAGACGACUCGCACCAGGGAUCAGGUGACCGAGACCCUGAAGAAGUUCGUCGAAGGCUAUCCCCAUGUGGUCCCGAAGUACCUUCAGCGGUUAAAGGCGAUUCGAGCUACCUUGAAGGCCUCCCCGUUCUUCGCCUCGCACGAGGUCGUAGGCUCCAGUCUGCUUUUUGUUCAUGACGACCGAAACGCCGGCGUCUGGAUGAUAGAUUUCGCGAAAACGCUGCCCUUGCCCCAGCACCUGCCCAGGAUCAAGCACGACGCCGAGUGGCAGGUCGGUAACCACGAGGACGGCUAUCUGAUCGGCGUGAACAAUUUGAUUGAGAUUUUUCAGGACAUCAGGGACUCGACUUCCUAAUACGUCUUAGGGUUCUCCGUUAUUUUUCUUUUUUCUCGCCAACGUCGAAAACGAGGCGACUUAUCCGGCGUGAAGUCCUCGUAAAACGUUAUACCGAAGAUAUUUCGGACGGUGCUAGAUACUCCGAUGACUUUCAGUGACGCGCGACGAGAUUCUUCGUGAGAAAGUAGUCAAUGAACGAACAUAAAGGGAAUCGUUUAACCGACCUACGGAACGAAGCCAUUCACCGCGUGUACGCAAAUCACCCCAGAAUGGUACAGUUUCUGAAUAUUUUGAGAGGAAAUUUGAAUUGCACAUUCCAUCGACCGUCUUUCGAUAAGAUUAACCGAGCCGUAAAAUUGUCGAACAACACGUGGUUCUCCACGACGAUAAUCUUGUCGCCCUUCCAUGGUAUACAAGGGCAACGGAUCGCGAUCCUGCUUCCAGGCAAAAAUGUGUUCCCGAGGUGCAAAGUGCCUUCGUAGCUGCAAUUAUUUAUAAUCGAACGACGUGUUUCGUUUUCGAUCAUUGGCGACGUCACCGACAGAACGCAAUAGUCCCGAUGUCGUAAUUCCCCUAGUCCAUAGUUUGCGGAAAACCGUGUGUAUUCAUAUUUAUUUUAACCAGUCGUCGAGUCGGUUCAUCCUAGGACAGA